UGAUUCCUCACGCGUUCCAGGUAAAGUGCGACGUGGCAGGCCGUUGAACCAUCCCAGGUUCAACAGCUCGUCGUGGCGUCAGAUCGAGAACUGAAAAGCCAUUGAAAAAUGAAGAUCCCAGUUGUAGAACACUGCUGCUGCGGGUUCUUGAGCAACAGGGAAGGGAGCCUCCUCAUUGCGAUCCUCAACCUGCUCGGCUAUUGCUCUUCCCUCGCGAUGAACGCGGCUGACUUGGGCGGUGGACGCUUCAAUAGACCGGAUUUCCACGAUUACGUUUCGGAAAAGACAUAUACGUGUCUUCUUGUCUCCAUCUUGGUCAUCUUUCUCGUGUUCAUCGUAUUCGAUUGCCUUCUCAUUCAUGGAGUCCGGAAGUGGAAAAGGAAACUGAUGAUACCGUGGCUGUGCCUGGAGUUCGUGGCGCUGGUCGCAGGCCUCAUCCUUUUCCUCGUCUCCUUCGUCGCCUUCACCGUGCUGCUCGUCUCGCAAAUGAAUGGCGUGCUUCUCACCGUCGUCAUCGUCAUGGCCGUCGGUUUCUUCAUUUUAUAUUCCGUUGGGGUUCACUUCUUCCUCGUCGUCUACAGUUAUUACAAGGAACUCGAGAAUCUGGAGCAAUCAGGAGGAGAUGAAUAUGUCCAAAGGAAGCAGGGGAAUGUCCCUGCUGGAAGCAUUCCCUUCCAGGCGCGGACAAGCGAAGCGUAAAUUGCAUCGCCCCCAAAAGCAUACUUUUUGCUUCUAUUCAUGCAGGGAAAUUCAACGCAAACAAUACCGUCCAAUGUGCUUCAAAUUAUUUUUGCA